GACGGGCGCGCGGCGCAGCGUCUCUGUGGGUCCGGCCGGCGGCGCAGAGGGGCGGGGGGUGGAUCCAUCAUGGCGUCUAUGCAGAAAAGAUUACAAAAAGAACUUUUGGCAUUGCAAAAUGAUCCACCUCCAGGAAUGACUCUAAAUGAAAAGAGUGUACAAAAUUCAAUCACACAGUGGAUUGUAGACAUGGAAGGUGCUCCAGGAACACUUUAUGAAGGGGAGAAGUUUCAGCUUCUAUUUAAAUUCAGUAGUCGGUAUCCUUUUGAUUCACCUCAGGUCAUGUUUACUGGUGACAAUAUUCCUGUUCAUCCUCAUGUUUAUAGCAAUGGUCAUAUCUGUUUAUCCAUUCUAACAGAAGACUGGUCUCCAGCGCUCUCAGUGCAAUCUGUUUGUCUUAGCAUUAUUAGCAUGCUUUCCAGCUGCAAAGAAAAGAGGCGACCUCCAGAUAAUUCAUUUUAUGUAAGAACAUGUAACAAGAAUCCAAAGAAAACAAAAUGGUGGUAUCAUGAUGACACAUGUUGAUGCCACCAUUUUGUGAUCCUCGUAGCAGAAGAUAGUCCUACUGAGAAAAAUGAGCACUUUGAUCAUUCAGUCUUUGAACUUUAACCUUUGACUGGAAGUGACCUAUAGGCAAUGAAGACUACUUCCUUUGACUGCAUUUUUACUAGUGUGCAUUCUGGGCGCAUGUUGAUCGCUGGUUCAGUCCAUGCAACUGACAUGCUUUUAUUAGUCAUACAGUAUUAAUGCAGGUGUCCAGAAAUGUCAGAAUAAUUCCAUUAUUUUUAUUUUAAGCUUUUGGAAGAAUUCCAGGUCUUCAUAUAUUGUGCAAUAACACUGAGCUCCUUGACGGUUUUGGUGCAUCCAUUGCCGGCAAUGGACAUUGUACCAGGGAAAAUUUUUGCUCCUGCCACAAAAAGAUUGCAUGACAGAGCUUAGGAAAGUUUCCGAUAUAUUUGGAUUAUAAGCAAGGGAUCCACCAUUACCUUAAAAGCCACCCCAUUCUUUUAUAUUUGGAUUCUAUGCACUGUGAUCACAAAACUAGCAGCAUGAGUAAACAUGCUUAGCUGAAGGACUGUAAUAAGAUCAUUGCAUAUGUAUUAAAUUGUUUAUCUGCUGUCAAAUUGUUUUGACAUUGAAGGUUUUCAAGUGACAGUGGCAGAGAGGUACAAUGUUAUCCCUAUGGUGAAAUAAAACUACUUUUUUGUAUAUAGUUAUUCAUAUCUCUGAAGCAAAGGUAUGAGUAAUUUAGGGUAUGAGUGAUUUAAUCAAGAAUUUAUUUUGGAGAUAAGAGAGGAUGGCAGUGAUAUAACUGAACUUGCUGCAGUCCACAAUUGGGCUUGUAAUUUGUACUUUAGAGCUUUUUUUCCAAAUAGAUUGCACACUGUUAUUUCCUGCUAGCCAUCAGCAUGAGCCCUAUUGCCUACAUCAAUAUUUCAUUUAUUUAUGUGUUUGAAAGCAAUCCAUAUAACAUUUUUUGUUUGCAUUCACUGUUUCUUUUGUUGUUGUAUGUCAUGUUUGAAUGUUACAAAACAAUAUUUUGAUUGAAAAGCUUUGUCAGAAGAUAUUUUCAUGUAAAUUAUUUCUUUACCUUGUAAGCAUCAUCUUGUCUUUUAAUCCUGUACUAUAUAAAAAAAAUACAUUUUUGAC